CAACAAGAGAUGACUUUGACAGUAGGGCCAACAGUAUUCUACGCCAUUUGCCAAGAGGCGGGUUUGGUUCUAGGCAUGAAUGGAUCGCCUAACAUGCUGAAUGUAGAGCCUCCUCGAUUCCAACGGGACACUGCUCGACUCAUUCAGCGAAACUACUCAGGGUCCGAUUGUGUUGAAUCAUUCCUUGAGGGUCUACAGGAACAUUUAGAAAAACCACAAAACUUACGAGCAUGCCUGCUACCUAUUUCAAGUUCUUCUGCAGAAAGAAUAUCUUCAUUCUCGUUGAAUGAGAGUUUAAUCCGCAUACUUUUGGGAAUUGAUAUACUUCAACCAGGACUUAUGGAAGCUUUACUUGACCAGAUAUUUGGUUUUCUGAAUGAUGACGAAAUAGACUCGCCAAUACCAAAACUCAUCCUUCAACAAUUAAAAUGGCUAAAUAACAUCAUUGAGCCUGGAAAGCUUUCAGCUAAGCUUUUGGAGGUGAUUGGCCUCUCGUCCCAGCCAAUUCAGAGGGAUAUCAUUACAAGUUUACCAGAAAUUAUACCGGAUUCUGAGCAUAGAGCGGUAGUGCUAGGUCUCGUUGAGCUGAUGGAGAAUUCAUCAGAACUCAUGGUCCCCAUUUUGGAUGCAUUAUCCAAUCUUAAUUUACAAUCAGACAUAUUGGUCAAUGCCAGGAACCAUGUCAUGAACAAACUUGAAUCAGCUGAACUGGAUGACCUGCCAAUUGUCAUCAAAUUCCUGCUUCAAACUGUCGAGCCCGAAACUGUUGAAGAUGUGAUUGAGGCAAUCCGUGCCAACCUCGAUUUUGGAUCAAUCAAUAAACUCCAGAAGAAUGUAAAUCAAAAAUCUAAGAGGGCGUCUAAUCAAACCCCCGAGGUUUUGAUUCUAGAUGCACUCAAAACUGGCAUUCGAUUCCAGAAAUUUGUGACAGACGCAUGGUAUAAGGCCUUGGCUAAUAUAGUUAAAUCAGGUCAAUACAAAGUAAUUGAUAUCAUGGUCAUUUUGAUUCUACAUUCUAUCGUCAACCUCAAGAAAAAAAUUGAGGUCUUGAUCCGCAAAAAGAUCAUUGAUGGGCUACUUACCAGAAAGCUACUUAGUGAGACAAUUAUGAUCCAUGGCAUAUCACUCAGAGAAUAUAUGCCAGCAGUCCUGUCGAUAUCCGAAAACUUACUCCGAUCCAGCGGCAGUCACCCCAUUGUAGCCAGAACAGCCUCCACUCUCUAUACAAGCGCAUUUCAAGUAUCGGAUAUAUUUUAUCGUCAAGAGAUUGUAGGCUCUCUUCUAGUGCAUAUUGGUAGUGGGUCCUCGGUAGAAAUCGACGCUUCGUUAGCUGUUCUUCAGAACAUUGUCAGGGUCUCAAGGGCCGCAUUGAACGAGUACAGUGCAUUCAUCAAGGGCGUAUUAGAUUAUCUCGACAAUCUGUCUCUCGAACAGAUCAGACAGUUUUAUUUACUUCUUGGGUCACUGGCUAGAGAAGAUGAAACCUCUGCAAAUUCUGGAACACUUCUUAACGACCUUCACAUCUUGAUUCGCAAGCAACUAUCUAAUCCAAUAGUGAGGUUCAAGAAAAUUGGAGUCAUGGGUGCGAUUGCCAUGGUUCAGGCAUUCGGGGUCAAGGAGAGCGCUCAGAGUGGCAGAGGCUCCUCUAGUCAGGCCGUUACCAGCCAUCGCCAAGCGGAGUCAGAUCCACUCCUCAAGAUUUCAGUAUCUUAUCUCCAAAUGAUCAGGGAUUCUUGCCAAAAGUCAUCCGUUUGUCUAGCCCUGACAUACGAUGAACUUGCAAGCAUGGUUAUUGCAGGCAAUCUUGAUCCAAAAUUAGUGUUCUGGAUCAAGGAAGAAUUCUCUGACCAAUUUGCAGGAACAUUUGUUUUCGCCGCCAACGAGGUCUUCACAAUGCGGCCAAGCAGGAAUAUAGCCAUGGAGCGCUGGAUGAAUCUCGAUGGUCCUGAGUCAGAACUAUCGAUCGGCAUCAUGCCUAGUUUAUGUGCUGAUAUAGCAGAGUCAUCACAGAGUGCUGGGUUUAGCACUGAAGAUACCUCCGUGUACCUGUGCUCACUAUUCAAGUUACUACAGGCUACUGAAAAGAGCGGGGAAAAUGGCUUGGAUGACAUCGAUGGGCUUUUAGGAUGUGGAAUCACCAUGUUUAAGCGAGAAUACUUCGAGGAUGUCUCUGAGGUGUAUAGUAUCGAGAUCUGCCACAUGAUUGCACAGGGUUUGUUGUGUGCUAUUAAUUGGUUUCGCGAAAUUUCAAACGCGUUUUCAUUCGAUGCUUCUGAUCAAACGAUGGCACGAAUUAUUAUCCGUUUGCAGCAAAUCUCGGAAUUGGAGCGAAUGUUCCGACAUGUCUUGAAAAGCGUUCCUGGCUUCCGGCCAUUGGAGGCCAGUCAAGCUGCGGCCAAAGAUGUCUCGCGAGGGACUGUGCCAAUGUCUUUAUCGAUCCAACCAGUGAGCUCUAAUGCGAUGGGCAAGAUGUCAACGCGAGCCAUGGAUAUCGACCAGCCACAAAAACCUUUCACGGUUCACUCAAGCGAGAUUGUGACAUAUGAAUCUCUAUCGCCUUAUCUCAGAGAGUUUGAAAUGGAUGUGUUCCACGUUUUACGUGUCCACAAGCCAAUCACUCGAGAGAUCUUUGAAAUAUCUGAGAUUACUCAAGACAAGAACGUCCAACUGCAGUACCCUGAACUAUUAUUUUUGCUUAAAGACCUUCAUGCCAAGAUUAUGUUCAAACUUCCUUUACCUGUUACAAACCUGCCAUUCGGAAAAAAACCACAGCCGCCUGUAGCAAAUAAUUUGCUGCUCGUGCGUAUGAACACAUUUGAUUUUGUUCGCAAUGUGCUUUUGAUCAUUCCACAUGUUGCGACGAAGUCAAAGAUGAUGCUGGAAACGCUGCAUCAUGAAGAAGAGGUCAGGGAUCAAAACGGAGAAAUGGUGGAUCAUAGUAUUAUCAUGGAAUGCCUGAAUGUCUCAUUAAAGGUGCUACAAUCCCUUCUAUCCUGGAACGAGAUCAAGGCAAGCGAUCAAAAAGAGCUACGGCUUGAGCUGCUCAAAUCCCUUGCUUUGGAUGAGCUAUCGGAGGAGCAGAAGGCAUCAGUACAAAAGUCUGUCAAUCUUUCAGCAAUGGCGGUUCAAGCUUUUAAUAAUUUAUCGGCAUGGCGGAAAAUGAUGCCAAACUUUGAAUGCUCCACUUUGCUUAUUGAAAUAAUUGAUAAACUAUUGAGUUUAGUCCCUGUGAACUCAGAGACAUCUACUAAGGCGUCAGCUCUUGCAACUGACGUCCUAUCGUACAGAUGGCCAGCAUCUAAUAACAUCAAGCCUGAUCGUCUCGCAUAUGUUCUAAGUCAACAAAUUGGAAAGUCGGACAUGCGACUUGCUAUGAUAAAUGAAUACGUGACAAAAGUGUUGCCAUCCUUUCUGGAUCAAGAUGAAGGACAUGCUGAGCUUCAUCCACUUCUUACUACUAGUACAUUCACUACUUAUACAAAGGCCCUUCAUACUCAACUUGCUCUACUGGUGGGGGAAUUUGAUGAGGAGAAAUUUGAUAAUACGCAAGCGGCAUUCGACCAUAUUUCAGAUCUAUGUCUCUGUUUCCAGCAAUUGGCAGCGUUUGUCAAAUCAAAUGAUAAACGAGAGGUCCUUGGAGUAACUUUGAAACACUCAAAGGUGUUUAUGGAGCAGUUCAUCAAGAGAAUCUUGCCUUUUUUAGGAGUCCAUUUCCGAGGACAUCAAGAUACGGUUGCAAGAAUAUUCAAGAAUCACUUGCAACCUGCUACACGAUCACUUCAGAAUGUCUGUGGGCAUGCAAAGGCAUCCAGAGAGCAGGCAUUGAUGGCGAUGGUUCCUUCGAUCAAGAAAACCAUGGAAGGGCUUAUUUUCGAGGUUAAGCUGAUGUUGGAGACAAAUGAUGCAGGAGCGGCAUUCUGGCUUGGUAACUUGAAACAUCGUAAUCUUCGGGGUGAGGAGAUCAGUUCGCAGCUUCCUGCUGUAUCUGAUGAAGAGUCCGACCAUGACCAGAGUAUAGAUGAGCAAGGAGAUGGCGAUACGGCGAGUAAUGAUGAUGUAGCUCAAACCAACUCGAGGAAGAAAAGGGCUCGCGGCGGUACAUCUAAGCCUUUGUCUUCUACAAGGGCCAAAAACUCCAAAGAAUUUAAAAAGGCAGUAAACACCAAUUCCAAGGAUAGCCGUGCUAAGUCAAAGAAAUCUGCCGCUACGACAGAAGAUGAAGAUGUACGAAUACAUACAAAGAGUCAAAUUACAAAUAGUGAUAUGAGUGAAGAUGAACAAGAUCAACUGGUGAAUGAAGAUGAGAGUGAUAUUGGCAUUGAGAAGAGAAGGAGGAAAGCGCCGCGGAUCCAAGUGGAAGACAGGGAUGAUGAGGAUGAAGCAGUUGGAGCAGAAGAAGUGGAUGAACUUGACGACGAUGAUGAAGAUCAAUACGAUGCUCGUAUGCUUGAGGUACAGGAAGAGAGAGCAGAGCGACGUCGUCGUGUCCGCAAUCCGUUUAUUGAUGAUGCAGCCUCGGAAGGUGACGAGGAAGAAGACGAGGAGGAAGAGGAAGAAGAGGAAGAAGAAGGAGAAGACCUUGAUAGCUACUAAUAAGAUUAGAUCUAGAAAAACAUUAUCCAAUAUAAUCACGG